UGGUCACGAAUGGGCAUGCGCGGAAUAGGUAAACCGGAAAUCAAGACAUUUGUAAUCAAAGAAUGAAAAUAAUGUAAAACUUCAGAACUAUUUAGGAAUUUCACGGAGAGAAAUGGAGAUUAUAGUACUUUUCAUCAGUUUCGUUACAUGUGCAUUUGCAAUUGACCCAAAUGUUACGAUUAUUGAUGAAGCUCCAAAAAUGGUGAUUGGUGUAAGUGGGAGGAAGGAAAUGAUAGCUACAAAAGACAAAGAUAUCUUCAUGACAUGUGUAGUACACAAUAAACCAGCUGAUAAAAAGGUUGAAUGGAGAGCUAUAGCUCCAGACAAUACAAAUAUUGAAAUCUCAGAAGAUCAAGAUUCAAAAGAUGCAUAUAGAUAUCAGAUUGAUCAACCUUCUGCUAUUUCAUGGAGGGUCAAAAUCCAGAACAUACAGAUUGCUGAUGAAAUGAGAUAUAUAUGCCAAGUAGAAAUUGGUCACCAAAAAUAUGCAACGGAGGAAAGAUAUAUUAGAGUUACAGAAAAACCUCAGAUUAUGGACUUACUGACCAGCAGUAACCAGCUGGUAGAAGAAGGAGAUCCAGUCCAGCUUACCUGUAACUGUACAGGAUGGCCAAGGCCAAAUGUUAAAUGGUCAAAAGUUGCUGGUGGGUUGCUGCCAAGUGGAGGACAAGAGUAUGCUGGAUACACAUUAAAUCUUGGUACUUCUCGACCAGACCACAGAGGUUACUACAAGUGUACCUGUCAGAACAUGGUUGGGAAAGACACCAGGAUUGUAUACUUGGGGGUUGUAUUCAAACCAACAAUUCAGGUUGGACAAAUGGAACCAGCUCAAGCCUAUGGGUACCAGAAAACAUUGGAAUGUGUUAUAGAAGCUUAUCCAGUGCCAUCAGAAGAUCAGAUCACAUGGACUCAUGAAAAUAUCCCUGUUCCAUCCAGUGCUAAAAUAAAGUACAUAGAAGGAGCCAUGAAUCGAGUCACCACCAAGCUAACAAUAAGAGGUGUAGAUCCAAAUGCUCUUGGUCUUUACACAUGUCAAGCCAGUAACAAUAAGGGAUCAACACAGGCAAAUAUAAAUUUGAAAUAUUCUAGCCAGCCAACACCAGAUAUAACUGGAGAAAUUAUAAGAAGUGGUGCCUCACUCAUCUCUAUCAGCAUAACAACGCUACUGAUGUUUGUCACAGUCGGACUUCUUCAUACAUGUAAAUUCUAGCAUCAUAGCAUGUCUUCAUACAUGUAAAUUGUAACCUCAAAGAAAUCAUUGUCUAUUCAUAUGUAUAUUUGAACUCGUCAUAAACAGAACCCUGAGAUCUUCAUAAAUAUACAACCGUCAGCUGUCAGAUUUAUACUGCACUAAAAUCUAGAUGUGUUAAUCCUGGAUCAUUUAACUUAUUAUUCAUCAGAGCGAUUUCUGAAAUUUGAACUGAUAUUUGAAAUACACUUUACAUACAAGGAACUUAAAUGAUUUUGAGAACUGAAAAAUAAAUUUCUUACUUUCGAAAGAAUUCAUUCUACCAUAUUAUAGCACUUGUCAAAAUGAGACACUUUUUAUGAAGAUAUAAGGAAAAUAAACAUAUUUUAAAUUGAAAUAUUUGAAUAAUUUAAUUCUAAGAUGACUAAAGUUGAAAAAUAUAAAAGUUAUAUAUUGGACGUGGUGUGUUAUUUGACUUAACAAAGUUGUAGAAUUAACGUAUGUGGUUGUGACAAGUUGUGACAUUUUGUUUUCAAAUGUUAAGAUUAGCAUAAUCUCAGUUAACCUGAAGGCAAUAAUUGUUGUUAUUGUUAAGUCUAUUUAUAUCAUAUUUGUAAAUUUAAAACAUAUAGUACCAAAUAUGCAGUUCUGUUAAUAGGUAUAAAUAAUGUAUAAAUGGGAGGUCAUAUGUAUUCACUUUUCAAACAUUAAGGCAAUUUAUGAUAGAAUUUUAUUUUAAAUAUUUGUAUGAAGUGUCUAGAUUUCUUAAAGUACCUACAAAUGCAUUUAAUACAAUAUAAAUUACUGUAGUUAUAUCAUAGUGUCAACAAAUCAAAACUUUUUGUAUCACAUUGCUGCUUUAACUAUUUGAGUGUGUUUAAAGUACAAGUUACCUUGUUAUAGUUAGAUGGGCCAUGAAUUCAGCAUUAGAUUUAUUUACUACAUGUUGUACAUUUAGUAAUGAUUGUUGUUAUUAACCAAUCAAAUCAGAGAAGACAUAAUAAGAGGAAUCCUAUAGGAGCAGCUUGACCUUGGUUUUUUUUUCAGUUUCUGUGCUAGCCACCAAAUUAAACAUGUUUCAUCUUACAAAUUUUCAAUCUUAAUUUAAAUAUUCAAACUACACACUCAAAUUACUUUAUAUCUGUAAAAAUUGCAAAACUGACAUUUUUCACCGGUUGUUUCAAAAAUUUUGAAGACAUUCCAUUUUUAUCAUUGUAUAUAUGUAAAUAUCAUCACUAUAUUUGUAUAAAAUGUGUAUAUUUGGAUGCAACUUUUUACAUAUCAUCAAUAUCUGUCAUAGUUUUUCUUUAUAGUUCAUAUAUUGAUUAUUAUCUACCUUCACAAAAUUUCAGGGAAUAACCAAAACUACAAGCCUUAAUUUAAAAUUUAAAAUAUAUUGAGUAAAACCUUGAUACACUGUGAGUGAGGAUUGUUUUCUACGAAAAUUUUCGAUUUUUUGGGCUUUUUUGAGAGUUUACGAUGUUAAAGUUUUAUAAUUUUAUUUACUUUUUUCGCUUAUAUAUAAACUAAACCCAUUUUAAGCUUGACAUGUAUGUUGAACAUAUAUUUAAUGUUUUUUUUUGAUAUAUUAAUUUUUGUACAUUACAAAUUCUUGAUGGUGAUAGAAAAAAUCUUCCAGCCUUGUAUAGUGUGAAAUAAAAGAUAAACAACUGGGAUUUUAUGAAAUCAUAGGAAUAUACUUGGAUUUUCAUUGUAAAUUACAUUGUGUGUUCUAUGACACUUUAGCAGGUACAUAUCAGUAGAUUUUUUUUUUGGGGAAUUUCUCGCUGCAUUGAAGACCUGUUGGUGACCUUCUGCUGUUGUCUGUUCUAUGGUCGGUUUGUUUGUCUCCUUGACACAUUCCCCAUUUCCAUUCUCAAUUUUAUUGUCAUACAUUCCACAUAAUUAUAUAUAAUGUAUAACAUAGAUUUUAAUUGUGUAUUUUUAUAUGGAACUUUUUGUACAUAUUUUAUUUUUUAUCAUAUAAAUGUUAUUGUUUGGAUAUGAAAUACAAAUUUUAAGGGCAAAGUGCUAUUACAAAUUUAAAUUUUCUUACAAAAUCUAGAGGUGAAAAAAAACAUCAAAGAUGUUUUAGAAAAAUAGAAAACAUUAUUAUAUACAGUAAAAAAACAAUCUAAAUGGAAAUAAAUUACUACAUAAAUCAAUCGUUUUUAUUAUCAAUUUUCUUGUAAGUUGUUGAUUCCCUGUACUUGUUACAGAAGCUUUUAAAAAAUUGUUAGCUUCUAUGAGGGUGGUAAUGGGGGUACCUUUAUGACGAAUAACGGUAAAAAUUCUUGCCAGAUGACGUUAACGGUAAUUUUUGAUGCAUGACGAUAAAAUGUACACUUUCUUUUAGACGAUAAAAAAAUCGGCUGAUUUUGACGAAUCACGUUAAAUUUUUUCCAAAAAUGACGGUAACGAUAAUUAUUUGAAACCUCUGAUGAAUCACGAUUAGGAUAUUUUGACGAAUCACGGUAAAAUUUAAACCAAUUUGAAGCUAACGGUAGCCGAAAAUGACCGUUUGACGCCUGACGGUAAAGUGCAUUACUACCCUCUUCUAUAGGUGAAAUGGUUUGAUCCAUGUUACUCCAUCUUGAAUUUACCUGAAAGGAGUUCUUUCUGAGGAGUUUUAAUUUGAUAAGAUUAGUAAGCAGUUUUAAAUGUUCAUGUGACAAUUAAAAAAACCCAGAAUAGACUACUUGGCAAAAAUUUGGUUUGUAGAUGAAUGCAUUACCUUUGAUUUGUGUUUUAUUCUAUUUGUUUUUAAUAUCUGAAGAUAUUUUUAAUUUGAUUCGAACAUUUUAUUGAAUUUUCAUAUUUCCAGACACAAUUAUAUAUGAAAUGUAUUUUACAUUUAAUUUGAUAAUAAAUAAUAUAGAUGUAA